GUUUGAACUUGGUGGCGACUGUGGCUUCGGCCGUCGGGGCGGGUAGGGCUCGGCCUCUCCUACCCAGCCAUGGAGAGUGAGGAGAGCGCGCCACGCAGGCGGAGGGAGUCCUCCGGGGACUUCUGGUCUGACCCGCCGUCUUUGGCGCGGCCCCGUUCGAGCUCGGCCUCCGCUUCGCUGCUGUCCCAGCUGCACAGCGACAGCGACGAGGCAGAGGAGCUGUGGCAGCGCCGGGGGCGGCAGCGGCAUCGGCGGCACCAGCCCCGGCCCGAGCCCGCUGGCCUUCACCAGCCCCGGCCCGAGCCCGAGAACAAAGCCGGCGGCGAGGAUCCGCGGGAGCCGGUGAAGCCUCAGCCUGAGCGUCACUCGCAGUCCGAGUCUCAGCCCGGCACAGCAGAGAAGUCCCAGGAACCGUCGUCAUCGUCAUCGCCAUCGCCGUCCCCGUCGCCAUCGCUUUUGCCAUCGCCCUCGCCACAGUCCCUGCAGGAAGAGGAGAGCGAGAAGACCAAGAAUGUGGCCAGCCCGGGUGGGAGGGCCGCGAGCCCGGAAGGAGGGGAGGCCUCGGGGCGCACCAGAAUUAAAGAAAGUUCAGACAAAGAACAGCAGUGCCAUAUAUUAGAGACAAGUCUGACACCAUGGGAAGAAUGGUUUGUUUGCAAAGAAAAAGAACAACGUGCUCGUCUUCAAAAUAGAAUCUUGGAGGAAAUAAGUCUACAACAAGUAAAAAGAAAAGAAGCAGAAGAGCGUGAAAAAAGAAAAAAGUAUGCUGAAGAAAAACACAAGGAAUGGCUUCAAAAAAAGAACGAACAGGAAAGAAAAGAAAGGGAACGGAAGCUUAAUAAAGAAAUAGAAGAAAAAGCAGCAAAGGAUCUAGAAAAAGAGCAUUUGCAAGAAAAAGCUAGAGAAAAAUAUAACGAAUGGUUAAAGAAAAAAAUGGCUGAGGAACAUGAGAAAAAAAAAAAGGAAAAGGAAAAAGAAAAGCAGCGCCUUGCUGAACAACAGGAGAAAAAAGAAAUCUCUGAAAAGAAGUUCAAGGAAUGGCUACGAAAUGUGAAAAACAAACCUCGUUUCAUUCCAAGGAGCUAUGGUUAUGCCAAUGGGAAACUGACAGGUUACUACAAUGGAGUUGCCUGCCCACCACCAAGCUUUUAUAAUCCAAUCCCAUGGAAGCCUAUUCACAUUCCCCCACCUAAGGAAGCAAAGACUAUUACUGUGAAGAAGAGCAAAAGGCCUACGUCCAGUCAGCCUUACAGAUCUUCAUCGUUGUUCUUUCAUAAAAACAAGGGUAAUCUUUGCCUGGGUACUCUGUAUAGAAUACAAAGAUAGUAUAUGGACCAAAUAGCUGAAAUACUAAACUCUACCCUCUUUUUAAAACCUGGAACUAUUUUUGUUACUCAGUUGUAGCUCAAUAUUUUGUUGUGAUUUAUCAAUUAUCAUUUUUGUAUUUGUCAAUAGGAACCUUCAAGUUAAUUAAGGGAGAUAUUUUCACAUUUUUUUUUAUUUUUAUAAAUGUUUCAAGGUUAUGUGUUUGUAAAAUUAGUAUCUAUGCAAUUAAGAAAUAUGUUUGUAUUUAACUUGCUUAUAACUAUUCUGUAACACUAAUAAAAUCAAAGAUCGUUCCUAUGUUCUUCCACAAUGUAUGUCCACAAUGUAUGUUUUUUGGAUUUAAGAUUAUGUAUGGCAAUGUAAUUAGAAUAAAUCUUGUAAUAAAUCAUUUUAAACUGCAUAUUCCAGAUACCUUAAAAGAAUCUUUAUAGGAUGGCAUUGUAUGGGAAUCAGAAACUAGAUUUGUUGGUGAUUUCACUAUUUCCUGCAAAAAUUUUGUUUUAAAAAACAAACCACCAACUAGCAGUUACUAUUGGCCUGAAAACUGGGCUGAGAGUCCUGAGUUUUGUGAUGAGAGAUAACUCACUGUAGUGAUGGCAGAGUUAUUUAGCUAUUUAUAGAUCAGAUAGUACUUUGGAGAAAAUGAUCAGUUGAUGGUCAUUUAUAUUUAAACUUGGCUGAAAUAAUGUUUGUUUCCUAAAAUGAUGUCGUUUUUAAAAAUCUAUUCCUUCAAAAAUCUGUGUCCCAGAAUUGUACAUUUUUACUGUUUAAAAGGAAGUAAAUAUAGAUCUUUUUUGCAAAGUCUGAUAUAACUGAUCUUAUUGAUAAAUUGAAACCAAUAAUAGUAUCAAAGGUUUACUUUUUUUAAAACAG